AGUUCUCUCCCUAACAGGUGCAUGGAGACGCUACAACAAGAGGGAAUAUGAGAGUCCGUCCUCAUUUUCCAUGCUAAACAUUUAUGCAAAAUCCAGCAUGUUGCCGCGUGUGAAAACAAAUACAGACUUAAGCCUGGAUAUUUGCAUGAGAUCUUCAUGUUUAUGAGGGGUAACUGCAGCAGUUUCAUCUUAGUAUGCCUUCAAAUAUAUGUAUGUAGCCUAUAUGUUCCCCUGGGAUAAAGGCUGGUAUUUCUUUUAAUAUAUGCGUACCUUUUUGGGUGAUAGGAGAUUAUAUGUAAUGUACAGGCCAACAUAAAUUUACCAUAGUAUCCAAAAUACCUCCCAGUUACUGCUUGAAAAUGAUUAAUAUUGAAUCUCUGAACAGCUUGAUAAACGUAGACUACAUCAGAUUACAGUAGUGGAAAUGAUCUUUUCUCUGAUUGUUUUUAAUCACAUUUAGUGUUCUUCUUGGUGAUUGUGUCUGUUCAAUUUAAUUAAAUUUGAUUUAUUUCUUUAGCCCUUUGCACAAUACAUAUUGUUUCAAAGCAGCUUGGAGAAAAUAGAGCCUCACAAAACCCUUGUGAAUGGGGACAGUUGCAUGGAAAAAAACCCCUGGGAUAGUUAGGUAGGAUGAGGUAGAAACCUUGGGGAAAACUAGGCCCAACAGAGAGAAGUAGGCGUACACUGUCUCUGGCUGGCGCAUACUUAACUAAUAUUUACAAAAAUAUAGUCAUAUUUAUUAACAUACAAUUGUUAAUAGACCUAAUGUAACCCAACCUCAGAAUUAUUUACAAAAAUAUAGUCAUAUUAGCACACAAUUGUUAAUAGACUCAGAACCUCGGAAUUUAUUAAUUGCCACUUGGGGGGAAACGGGAGAUAAAAAAAUGGUCAAAAUUAUAAAAGGAAUAAUAAAUUAAGGACAAAUUAUUACCUCUAAAUAAGCUAAAUAAAUAAAUAACCUCGUGUACUUAUGUAAAUCAGGCUAAUUGUACUAUAAAUUUGCAAUAAAUCAAAAAGUAACACGUGUAGUAACCUGAGAGCAAUAUGGCGGAAACUGUGGUUUCCAAGGGUAAACUUUUGUAAAGGAGCUGCUGUAUGAGGCCAUGACAUUCCUUUUAACGAAUUUUAAUUUUGUUGAAGGAAAUAAAUAUUGAUAUUGUACAUAUUUAGCGGUUAAUGAGUUGAAGGGCGUCAAAAAGUCGCCAGGUGAGGUGCAGGUAGAUUGACCUUAGCUAGUUGAACUUGUGCUGCAGGCAGCUCGUGCCGGAGGCGGGCGCGUGCCAGCCGUUGUCAUGUAAAACGGCGUGUUUCAGGUCUGUCCGCAUAGUGCGCUGACAGGUUCACGAUACAAUGGCACAAUGAGGAAUACCACACAGCCACUGUUUGCUCGGUUUCACUUGAACCCUCCAGGUGAUGUCACAGCGCGAGACCCGCGCAACAGGAUCGGGGACAUUUCUCCCCUAUUUAAACCUGACACAUAGAGCGCGCGGCUGUGGAUGCGUUUUUGAGAGAGAUCCCGUCAUUCCCGUCCUUUGACAAAAUGGCAGGUGUGUUUUCCUACGAGAGCUCUGAAGUGGACUGGUGUGAAGACAACUAUAAACAUUCAGAGAAUGUUGUGGAAUAUUUCAACACGAUGAGCAGUUUCAUCUUCUUUGUGAUCUCACCCAUAAUGCUCUACCUGCUGCACCCAUAUGCCAAGGAAAGAAACCUGGCUGUGCAUCUGGUCUGGAUCAUGAUGGUCUUUGUAGGUCUUUUCUCCAUGUAUUUUCAUAUGACUCUGAGUUUUAUGGGCCAGAUGCUGGACGAGCUGUCAAUCCUGUGGGUUUUGGCUAUUGGCUACUCCCUGUGGUUCCCACGCAGGCACUUCCCAUCUUUUGUUAAGGACAGGAGAACGUUCUCUCGUUUGGUCCUGAUCAUCACUGUCAUAAGCACUCUGUCCUCUUUUGUCAAGCCUACAGCCAAUGCCUACGCUCUCAACUGCUUUGCUAUCCAUAUCCUCUACUCUCUGUUUAUGGAGUUAAAGAGUUGCACAGAUGAGCGAGUGCUGCGUCUGGCCUGGGCGUCCACUGGCCUGUGGGUUCUGGCCAUCUCCUGCUGGAUUAGCGAUCGCUUCGGCUGCAGCUUCUGGCAGAAACUGGACUUCUGUUAUCUGCACGGUAUCUGGCACAUUCUGAUUGUGGUGGCCACAGCUUACGGCAGCACUUUGAUCGCUUACCUGGAUGCUAGUGUGGAGAUCCCUUAUUCCCUCCCCGACCUGCAGUACUGGCCACGGAAUAACUGGGCCAUUGGACUGCCUUACAUAGUCCUCAAAGGAACCACAAAGACCCGGAAAAGUUGCUAGCAGGCACAAGAUGAACAGAUGCAAUCUCAUUUUUAAAGCUGCUCAGGUGUAGCGCUGAUCUAGGAUCAGCCUUUACCGUUCAAAUCUUGGUGAAUACAUUUAUACGGACCGGAAGGAGCUGAUCCUAGAUCAAUACGCUGAGACUCCAUAUGUUAUGUAAACACUGAAGAGAAACUUGAAGCUUAUGUUGCAUGUUGUGGUGAAAUGGUUGCAGUUUCAGGCACUUUCUCCUCAUUUCUUCUCAAAGAACCUGAAACUGAAGUAUGUGUGUGUGUGUGAAUGUUUUCACGAAAGUGACUGUAUUCUCGUCUUUGUUAUGUGAAAAUGAAUAUUUGCACUGUUUUGACAAGAUUGAAUGUAUGUACAUUCUGUAUUUUACUUGAUUUACUCAAUAUGAAACAAAGGUAACCAAGAAAAAAUGUCAUAAGCAACUACUUGAUUCAUGGGUGAAACUUGAAUGAUGAUUAAAAUGUAAGUAUGUUAUAUUACUAGUCUGAUCAGAGGAGGAAAAGUCAUGCCGCCUGUUCAAUGUGAGAUCUGAAUGAUUUUCUCACAGUAAAUGGUGCAAACAUUUGUUUACAAAUGUAAUACCUGGGAUUAUGUGCAUUUUGGUGUGGGAUUUUUAAAUCUAAUGCUAUUUUACUGUAUUUUUUGUUAAACUUUAUAUAUUAUAUAUCUAUAUAUUGUAUGCUAACUUCUAACCUCCACCUUAGCGUGUGAUAUUGUGUAUAUUGAUGCUGAACAGUUCAGUGGCAUCACUGUGGAAAAGACUGAUGUGACACGAAACUAAUGAUGAUAUAUGGAUAUAUUUUUAUAUAAAUUAUGAAUGCUGGGA